AUGUCCAGGGUACCAGCUUCAGGUGCCCAACCGGGCUCCCUCGUGAAGGGCAAGCCGCCCACCCCGAUUCAGUACUCCACUCCGUCGCGGAUGAGGAAUGGAGUGUGGGAAAGGGACACGCCCAUAGCCCUGACCGUUUUCUCCCAGUCCGAGAACAAGAAGGACACUGGCAUCGAACAGGUCAAGAGCCGACUCAAGACGCUGAAGCAAGAGGAUGGACGCUUGUCGGUGUCGGAGUUGGAGAUCACGCCUGUGACGUUCAACGAGAAGGGCCACGUGCGCACUGUGCGGGGCGUCCAAGCUGGCCCUAGAUGCGUCACCGUUACGUUCCACGACCCCGCGACGAUUGCGCUGCUGAAGACCGAGGUCGAGCAGACAAUGAAGCAAGCCGGCGGUCAAAAGUUUUUUGGCAUGCCGUUCCGCGUCACGUUCCGCCCGUCUCCAAGGGUCCUGCCGAUCGACCAUCCAGCGACCCUGGUCGCUCUUGGUCAAGGAGGGGUCCCCGCCGACCUCUUGAAGAACGAGCUCAUGUACUGGGUGGGCCAGUACAACGGGUACUACAAGAUGACGGAAACGCUGCUUGAUAUUCGACCUGGCGUCAAGGUGGGCACCUUGCAUGGCAACGCGUUCGCCGUACCCAGUUCUAUGGGCCUGGCGAAGUGGAUGACCGCACAAAAACCACUGAGCGGCGACCCGUGGGAAUUCGCGUAUCACGCAAACGCGGUUGCUCUGGCGGCGUCCGCGUGUCUCUUGGCUAAGGCUAAAGAGGAGGAGCGCGACGGCCAGCUCCUGCAGAUCAAGGACGCCAUCGACGGUCUUUCGGCAGCGUUCGGUAAGCUUCAAGUUCGCGUGGAGCAUGUCUCGUCCAAUGUCAAUCGCAUGGUCAACAACUUCUGUACGUUCGCCAGGGACCUGUACGGCAACAUGCGGCAAUUCUUCGCUCAGGCACGGCACGCAGUCGAUUGUGACGCCGAGGUUACAGCUGAAACCUUGCGCAUGGUCGGCACCGAGAUGGAAAUUCGGUCGAUACAACGCGAGGUGGACUUCUCACAGCGUGUCGUUGCCGCGUUGCCGAGUGACUCUCCUCUCGUCGCUGAGCUCAAGGAGCGCAUUGCGGUCGCUAAGCAGCAAAAGUCCAAGUUGCUCGAGACCGUCAAAGGUAUCCAUGGCACGCUCAGCAUGCUCGAGAAGCAGCGCAACAGCAAGAUCUCCCUCAACGAUCACACUGGUCUCGGAUUGACUAUGCCGACUACCCAAAUGAGUGAAAGCCUCGCCUUUGGCUCGUCUAGCGCGGUCGGAACAGCUGACGGGGGCGUCGCUGGCGCGCUCGCAGGAGGAGCCGCAAGAGCUGCCUCAGCUACAAGUACAACCCAGCUGCCUUCGCCGCCAUUAGCCGAACCAGGGCAGCCACCCGCCCAGUUGCCCGCUGUCGAUCUCACGACUCGCUCCCCUAGCCGAGAUGAGCCCAGUCCGCUUCCCGGCUCCCCAAUCAAGAAGCAUCGCAGCGCUUGA